CGUCCCGCCAGCACCCAACGCCUGCAGUGACAGCAUCGACGACCACGACGGCAUCGGCGCCAGCACCAACGCCACUCCCCAGCAGCGCUCCGACGAGGACCACGACGAGGGCCACCACCACGACCAGGAACCGAAGGCGCAUGCUGACCACGACGAGGACCACGACGAGGACCAUGAAGACCUGGAUGCGACCACCCACCCCGGCACCCACGACGGCUCAGACGCCGCUCCGAAACGCAGCACGCCUGCCAGCUCCGACGGCGACGCCGCAGCCACGACGGAGGCGAUGGAUACGGACCUCAUGCAGGACACGGGACUUUCACAGGAUGUCGCCAGGCUCGCCAUGGAUCCUGCCCCCACUGCUGCAGAUUCUCCGCCAGGACUCGGGGACCCGGGGCAGCUUGCCCCUCCGUGCGUCUCCCAGUUCCUUCUGUCCGUGCACGACAUCCAGGAGCUCCAAGAGGCGGAGGCCCUCCAGCACGUCGAGCUCGUCCAGGCUGCCGCGACGUCUUCGGAGCAACCUCGUACAGCGGUGGCUCUCCCUGGCACUUGGCAGGACCUUAAGGCGAUCCUGGACAAGCUCGCCUACAGGCUGGACGACACGGAUCCUUGGGCGCAGCUAGGCUUCGGAUCAUUAUGCGGCCCCGAACCUACCGAGCGGGACAUCUUGGCGAGGGCCCGCAUUGCUCACCUCCUCUUAAGCGUAGGGACAAGCGAGGCCUGGGCCGAGAUGGACAGGACCUUGGCCAACCAGGCGGACGCUGUGAUCUCGGCUGCGGCAGCGCACUGCGAGGCUGGCCUGCCCGACGUCCGCGUGGCUCGACGGCAACUCCGCCCCGGCCGCCUUCCGCAAUGGAAAGAGCUGGGCGGCGAUGCAUUAACAGCUACCCAGGCCUUGCCGGGCGCGGAGGGACACCACUUCCUCACGCAAUGGUCGCAGGUCCUCGACCCGCGGGGCCGCCGCGCUCCCACGGUCGAGCGUCACCGCCGGCUAUCGGAUCUCUUGGAGAAGGGCGACGUCCGCUUCCUGCAGGGGACGCGGGGGCAGCAACUAUUGGCCUGGGCGCCUGUCGACACGGGGGCGCUGCAGCGGAUCUUGUCGCAAUUUUUGCGUCGCGCUUCCACGGAGACACCGACCUCCAUGUUACUGAUCACGCCGUUGCCCUCCUUCCCUGGGGCGUCUGCGGCGGCGCAAAUCUUCGACUUGUGGCACCACCCUCUACUCGGGGAGAAGCACGCGGCGAUCAUCCAGGCCAUCCAUCUUCUCCCGCAGCCGAUGGAGUACAUCCUCCCGGGACUACGUGGACCUCGCCAUGUUCGGCAGGGCCCGGCAUGCUUCCGCAUCGCGCGUGCGGGCCCGCGGAGUGCACCGGCAAUUGCUUUACCUCGGACCCCGCUCCUGAAGGUCUCUGGAUCCGACAGCGUCACCAUCGACACUCCGCUGAACCUCUUGCCAACCCUCAUGUCCAAGUUGAGCGCCUUCGACGAGUUCCGCGGCAGCUCGAUCCGAGAACCCACUCGGAGCAUGGGCAGCACGAGCGAACUCCCCCGGACAUCCGUGGAGCUUCUCCUCCCACCGGCCCUCUCGCAGCUUGGCAAGGAGCUCCUGAUCCGCAGACUGCGUCGUUCGGCACUCUCGCAGGGGAUGCCAAUCGGCCAUCGGAGCUUGUACGUGGCGGAGGACGCCAUGAUCCUCGAGUGCCUCUCGCCAGCUGUGAUGCUGCAGGCCGGCCCGCUAUGCUCGGAGGCCUUAUUCAUCGCCCCGACCAAGCUCUUGGUGCGCACUGAGGCUUCCGCCGAAACCUGGACCCACUUGAUGGGCGGCCUCUGCCGGGAGGGGGAGCUCAGUCUCAUCACCAUGCUCCGCUGGAAGGCGAGCCGGUUUGGCGGGAGGUCCUACGCCCUCCCUUCUGCUACCUCCCCAUCGCUGGCCGCCUCGCGCCGCCGCAAAGGCAAGGCCAAGGGGGCACCCCAGGCCACGGACUACAUGACCGAAAUACGCAUCAAUGGCGACCCGGGGCUCCAGGAUAAGGCCAUCUUUGACGAUCUCAUGCGCCGCGUCAUGCAGGGCACGGGGAUCAACCUACAAGCUUUCGAUGGUACGGAGACCACAGCGUCGGGCUUCUGGAAACACAUGGCCUGCUACGACCCCGCGUGCCCACCUGGCCGCGCCCGGCUCUACCUCGCCGACCGCGCGGAAGUGGGGAAAGUGCAUGCGGCCCUCCACGGCCAGGUCCUGCAGGUGGGUGACGAUUGGCUGGCCAUCUCGGUCCAUAACGACCUCCUCGACGCCAGCACUCUGGAGAGAAACGGGCCGAGGGCGCCUCCGGCG